AUGGCGCACCCGCUGCCCAUGUCGCCGCCGCGGACGCACACGGAGAAGGAGCUGCGGGACCAGAUGCCGCCCCUGCAGACGACGUCAACCCAGCGCAAGACUACAGCCCAGUCCCGCCCACAGCCGCUCUCCAAAGCUCCUACCACCGAAAUGAUACCCGAAGAGGCCAGGAUCAAGUCUCCCACGUCGCCUGCCGGACACCAGCGCUUCGUCUUGACCGACGUGGUAGCCGCGCGCUACAUCGAAGAAGACCCGACCACCUCAUGCCACGUCCUCGCCCGUCGCCAGAAGAUCGAGGGCUAUGAGAUAUACCUCGUCGAGCAAUGGGCCUGUUCGCGCACCCAUCCCACCUUCCUCAUCACAACCUAUACCGGCAAUCCCGAGGACACUGUGCUGGCCACAAUCAUAAGCGUACCCAAGAAUGAGGAAGAAUGGUCGCCGCAGAUGCGUCUGUACUUCAGGUCGCUGACCGAGUACCAUGCGCGGAGGAAGGACACCCCCUAUGGCGCCUUGAUGGUCACCAACCUCAGUGGCUUUCCCUCGUCCCUGACUGUCAUUCCCAUCCCCGGAGGCGAUCUGAAGAAGUAUCGCGAGGCCUUCUUCGUCAACGAGAACCUGAAGAGACUGGGAUGUUCGGGUCGGCUGGGCAUAAAGCUCACGCCGCCAAGCAGUGCCACGCAAGCCAAGUUCCAGCAACUAUACCGUACCAGCGAAAAGAUCCCGUUCAACGCAUCCGUCAUUGAGCUUGUGAAGCUCUGUCAAGUGGCACUUGUCUUGUUUGGGAAGCUGGAACCAGAGUAUGCAGACGGGCUGCUGUGCGAUGUCACGGAGAAAGCUAUCAACGAUUGGUGGAUAGACUUUGGAUCGGAGUAUUACACAGUGGAACCUCACGAUGGCAUUCUUGGUCCUACCACAGUCGCUGCUCUGCUGGGUAUGCUGAUGGGUGCCCGAAACCGACUGAGUGCUUGUAGCGCUGCAGUUGCCAAGGAUGUGUUCGAUAUUGAGGCCACUAAGCGUGGCAUCGGACAUUUCCAGAAGUCGCAACAUCUUCCCAGAACUCGACGCCUCGAUCGACACACGCUUGAUAAGCUACGAAGAGCCUCAGCAAAGGCAGCGAGUAAAGAAGGCUGGGCCGUUCCCCGGGCUUUCAAAUCCACCGUGGCCGAGUUAGGAGGCAAGGGCGGUGAGAUGGUCAUGGGCAUUGUUGGGGCUGGACAGAAGGACGGUAUCGCCGAAGUGGAGACUGUCGACAUUGACCAGUUUGUGGAGCUUGUGAGAGGUGAACACGCCAAGUGGUUGUGGCACGGAAAGCCCAGGAAGACCGUAUCCGGAGACAGCAUGUUCGAUCGACUUCCUGGCGGAGAAGCACGCUCAGCCUCCCCAGACAAACAUGACCCUGCACCGAAGCUGGUCCGCCGAGAAUCAACGCUUGAUCAACAAGGCAUUGCGAAGCGCGACACAGGGUCCUCGGAGAUGAAAAAGGCUGAAACGUUUUCGCCAGAUGGCCAGGAGAAAGACAGCAAAGAUCCGUACUCAAAGCGGGCCACCAUAAAAGCCAAGCUCGAGUCCGGUAGCGGCUUCCAUCAUAUCAAAAACGCUGUGGGUCUGCGCACUCAUGCAAGCAAAGUAUCGCGAGAAGAACAUGGACGACACGUAUUGCAUCGAACCAAGAGCGGCACACCACAGUAUGCAGACUCAAGAACGUCAAUGGACUACUACGAAAGCCAGUCGGACGAUCCCUAUUCUCUCAUGUCGCCUCAGAGUACAAUGGGCGAGGAACCGGCCUACACCAAACAGCUUACUGAAACCCCAGGCGACUCAGUGGUGUCACUGAACGACAACAAGCUAGUUGGUGGCCGCCACGCAUCCAACCUUCGCAGUUCCAUCAUCGAAAGCGACGUCUCAGAUCAGCCCGAUCAACCACCCACCAUAUCCAGCUCCGUCGCCGGAUCCAUCUACCACGGCGUCGACCUCGACCAAAACCUCCCCGUCGACCAAACCGCCCAAGUCCCACCCCUCCUCCGCCGCACCCAAUCCGGCACCCAAUUCCUCCCUUCCCAACCCCCGCGCAACGAAAACUGGUGGCCCCGCCACCUCUCCUUCAGCACAGCCGAAGAAAGCGUCCUCCGCUGGCCCACAAUCAACGCUUCGGAUCCCAUCGAUAUCGACGAAGAAGCAGUUGCAGAUGACGCCGACGCCGACACCGACGCCAACCUCACUAAAACCACCACAACCACUACAACCACCGCCGCCCUAACCACCCGCGCCACAACCCAGAACCUACACUCCACGCAACUAAAGCGCCUCCACACCCACCUCCACACCCUCUCCACCAAAGACGCCCUCUGGGUCUCCACCGCCCUCUCCUCCAUAACAUCCCUCUCCGCCUCCGCAGACACAGAUAUCCAAACUUUAGAGUCGAUAUACUACCCCCGCCUCGACACGUACCACUCCCUCCGCGAAGACACGCACGCUACCGUGACCAAUAACCGCGGGCAGUUGACGGCGAGUCUGCGCGAAUUGGGUAAUGUGGGCGAUAAGCUUGAGUAUGAGAUUAGUGCUCUAAGGGGGAAAGUGGAGGAUAUCGAGGAUGUGGUCGGUGAGUUUGAGAGGCAGGUUGAGUUUGUGGAGGGGAGAGUGCGGGAGCUGGACAAGGUGCUGGGAGAGAGGGAGGGGUGGUGGGGGUGGGGGGUUAGGGUUUUGACGGGCGCGGCGCCGGGGUGA